AUUCAGUAGAAAAUUUCCCAAAUUGGACCAUGAAGGACUUUGAUGUAAUUUUCCGUACCUCUGUUUCUUCCACCUCUGUUCCGUACUCCCCCAGAUGACUUCUCUGCAAGAAUCUUGCUGGACUCUUCGAACCAACCUCCCCUGUUUGACCCCUUUUUCCUUCUUCCCUUCUUCUUCCCCAAUCUCUACUCUCUUCUUUCACAAACCCCAUUCACCAUGUUCCCCAACUUCGAAUCUAUCCCAUCUCCGAACAAGAAGUUCAAAACCACUCCAAUGGACCGCUCCUUUGAUCAUCUCACAGAGGAGAUCAUCUUUGCGAUUCUCGACCAUCUUCACGACGACCCUUUUUCUCGAAAAUCCUUUUCUCUCGUCUCUAAGUCCUUCUACGCCGCCGAAUCGCUCCACCGGAAAUCUCUAAGGCCACUCCAUUCCGACCGGAUUCCAACUGUAUCCCCUCGUUACCCUUCCAUUUCGAAACUUGACCUUACCCUUUGCCCACAUGUGGAGGAUUCUUUUCUGAUUUCCGUAUCGAGUGCUUGGAAAACGACGCUGCGUUCCAUCGAUUUGUCUCGGUCUAGGUCGUUUUCGAAUGUGGGGUUGUCGAAUUUGGUUACGAGUUGUACUGGGUUGGUCGAGAUUAACUUGUCGAAUGGAGUGGCACUGACUGACGCGGUAAUGAAGGUCUUAGCGGAGGCGAAAAACUUGGAGAAACUUUGGUUGUCGAGGUGUAAAUCGAUUACGGAUAUGGGGAUUGGUUGUGUAGCUGUUGGAUGUAAGAAGUUGAAACUCUUGUGUUUGAAUUGGUGUUUGCAUAUUACUGAUUUGGGGGUUGGUUUGAUUGCAACCAAAUGCAAGGAGCUAAGGAGUUUGGAUCUUUCUUUCUUGACGAUUACUGAGAAAUGUCUUCCACCAAUUCUUCAAUUGCAACAUCUUGAAGAGCUGAUUCUCGAGGAAUGCCAUGGAAUUGAUGAUGAAGGUCUCGAAGCUCUUAAACGUAACUGCAAGAGAAACUCGUUGAAGUUGCUCAAUCUGUCUCGCUGUCCAAGUAUCAGCCAUUCUGGUUUGUCUUCUUUGAUUAAUGGCUCUGAAGACCUUCAAAAGCUCAAUUUAUCAUAUGGCUCUUCCAUCACAACGGACAUGGCAAAAUGUUUGCAUAGUUUUUCUGGUUUACAAUCAAUAAAAUUGGAUUGUUGUUCACUUACAACUUCUGGGGUAAAAGCCAUUGCAAAUUGGCGUGCAUCUCUUAAGGAGUUGAGCUUGAGCAAGUGUGUGGGCGUGACCGAUGAGUGUCUCUCCAUCCUUGUGCAAAAACACAAGCAGUUGAGGAAAUUAGAUAUCACAUGCUGCCGCAAGAUAACUUAUGGAUCCAUUAACAGCAUUACGAGUUCAUGUUCUUUCCUUGUUUCCCUUAAAAUGGAAUCUUGUACCCUAGUUCCUAGAGAGGCUUAUGUGUUGAUAGGACAACGUUGUCCAUACUUGGAGGAACUUGACCUCACUGACAAUGAGAUAGACAAUGAAGGUUUGAAGUCAAUCUCAAAAUGUUCAAGACUUAGUGUUCUUAAGCUGGGAAUUUGCUUGAAUAUAAAUGAUGAUGGUCUAUCGCACAUUGCAAGUGGUUGUCGAAAAAUCAAAGAGCUUGAUUUAUACAGGUCAACAGGAAUAACAGACAGGGGCAUUGCAGCAAUCGCUGGGGGUUGUCCUGCUCUUGAGAUGAUUAACAUUGCUUAUAACGAUAAAAUUACAGAUUCUUCGUUAAUAUCCUUGUCAAAAUGUUUGAGUUUAAAAGCACUUGAAAUUCGAGGGUGUUGUUGCAUUUCAUCCGUUGGCCUCUCAGCCAUAGCAGUGGGAUGUAAGCAACUUACUGUGCUGGAUAUAAAGAAUUGUGUCAAUGUAAAUGAUGAUGGGAUGAUUCCACUCGCCCAAUUCUCUCACAACUUAAAGCAGAUUAACUUAUCAUACUGUUCGGUUACAGAUGUUGGUCUGUUGUCUCUAGCAAGCAUUAACUGCCUGAGAAACAUGACCAUCUUGCAUUUGGCUGGCUUGACUCCAGAUGGCCUCACUGCUGCCCUGCUGGUUGGUAGUGGUCUAAGAAAGGUGAAGCUGCACUUGUCGUUCAAAUCCUUGCUUCCUCCAUCUUUUCGUAAAUACAUGGAAACCCGUGGAUGUGUAUUGUACUGGAGGGACAAAGCAUUCCAGUAGGUUGACCGAGGUGAUAAAGAUUGGAAUUUUCACAGUGGGAAAAGUUUGGGAGACUACACAUAAUCCAUGGCAAAAAUUUUGAAGCUUACACACUCUAGACAAGUAACUUAACAUGAAGCCAUAAUCCAAAGUAAAUGAGGAGCAAAUUGUCUGCUUGAUAUUUCAUAAUUCAACAUAGCCAAUGACUAAAGAUAUCACAACAUGGUCUACUCAUCUCAGUGCCACAGCUCCUCCUGCAGCCAAGUCGUUUCUCCCUUGUAGGGUGCAUUCCUGAACUCCAAAACAUGCCUCCUUGGGAGGGUUGAGAGAUUCGAACCAUCAUGGUUCCACGAAAAUGGCUUGUGCGUAUAACAUUUCAGUAUUAGCUAGGGAUGAGCCCCAAGUUUUUGACUUGGUCCAUAUAUAACAUUUCUCUUGAUUGUUGGGUGAUCUACAAAAUAAAGAAAAUUUCACACAGGGUGUUGGUAUUUUUGUCUUUUUUUUUUCUUUUUUUCUUUUGGCCAAAGUCAAGGCUAUUUUCUUCUGUUAAACCAAAAGUUCAUCCCUGGUUGGGAUUAGUCUCCAUUUCUUAAAUCUUCUUUGUAAUCAUCAUCGUUUCUGAAUUUGAAUCAUUUCUAUUUUUUCA